GCCACCGCCAAGAUGGAGCCGGUGGCGCUGGUGGCGCCGGUGACGGCGCUGGAGUUCGCGGGGGACGCGCUGCUGGCGGGCACGGGCCCGGAGGUGGUGGCGUUCCGGCUGAGCGGCGGCGGGACGGCGGCGGCGCGGCGGAACGUGCUGCGUGAGGCCAGCGUGCUGGGGCUGCGGGCGGAGCGCGGCCCCGGGGCGGCGGCGGGGCGGGUGGCGGCGUUCGGCGGGCGCUGGCUGGCGGUGCUGGAGGUGCGGGACGGCGGGGAGCGGCUGGCGGUGUGCGGCGGCGGCGCGGCGCGGGAGCUGCGGGCGCGGGUGUGGGAGGCGCGGUGGGUCCCGGGCGGGCGGCUGGCGCUGGUGCUGGGCUGCGGGGCCGUGGCGCUGUACGAGUGGCGGGGCGGCGGGUGCUGGCUGCGGCGGGCGAGCUGCGGCGGGGCCGGGGCGCUGCGCUGCGCCGUGCUGGCGGGGACGGGCUGGACGCGGCUGGCGCUGGCGGCCGGGACGGCGAUGGGGACCGUGGUGGUGUGGCGGGUGGCGGCGGCCGAGGUCCCGCAGCUGCGGCUGUGCGGGCACUGUGGCGCGGUGCUUGCGCUCUGCUACUCGGCGCCGCGAGGGCUGCUCGCUUCUGCCUCCGAGGACCGCAGCGUGCGGCUCUGGGCUGUGGGUGACCUGAGCGGUGGGGAUGGGGCCGGGGACGGCUCCUGCCUGCUCGUGUGCUACGGGCACGGGGCGCGGGUGGCCGCCGUGGCGCUGCGGGGACCGUGCCCGGUCAGCGCCGGUGAGGAUGGCGCCUGCCUGGAGUGGGACGGCGGCGGCGGCGUGCGGCGGGACCGGCGCGGGCACCGCGGGGCUCUGCGCGCCCUGGCCCUGCGUCCCGCCGGCGGCUGCCUCGCCACGGGCGGCGACGACGGCGGCGUCCGGCUCUGGCGGCCCCGGCGGGCGGCCGCGGCCCCGGUGGCGGCGCUGGGGGCUCCGCUGCGGCCGCGGUCCGUGCUGCUGGCGGGGCCGCGGCGGGUGCUGGCGCUGGGCGAGGCGGGCGGGCUCGUGGUCUACGAGGCGGCGGCGAGGCGCUGGGCUCCGGUGCUGCCCCCCGCCGCCGGCGGGCCCCGCGCGGUGCUGGCGGCCGCCCCGCUGCCCGACGGGGAGGACACGCUCUGCGCCCUGGCCGGUAGCGACGGGCGCCUCCUGCUCUUCGCCCUGAGCCACCCCGGGGACACCACCGAGCUGAGACUGUUCGAGGGGGCCGUGCACGGGCUGGGCUGGGCCCCCCGCCCCGGGCUGCCCCCUGGUGCCGCCUCCCUGCUGGCCUCUGGGCCCGACGGGGAGAUGCUGUGGCUGGAUGUCACCCACCGGCCUGGGCGGGCGCCCCAGGUGCAGGUCAUGGGACGGUACCUGCUGCCACUCUGCAAGCAGCGCUGGCAUACCUGUGCGGCAUUCCUGCCCCAGGGACGGCUCCUGCUCUGCGGGGACCGCCGGGGGUCCCUCCUCCUCUUCCCGUGCAGCAGCUCCUCAGGACAGGCUGUGGAAAGCACCAGCAUCGCCAAUGGCAGCACCGACCCAGUUGGUGAGGACAGCAGCAGUGAGCCGGACCUGUCUUGCUUGUCACACAAAGAGGCUCUUCCCCUCGAGGCCCCGCUGUCAGUGCUCUUCGGGCUCCACGGGAAGACCGGGGUUACCUCAGUGACCUGCCACGGGGGCUACAUUUACAGCACGGGCCGGGACGGGGUAUACCGGCAGCUGCGGGUGCAGGACCAGCGGCUGGAGGUGCUGCGGAAGCACAGGCCCUGCAAAGGGCUGCAGUGGAUCGAGGAGCUGCGCUUCACCACGGAUGGAGACCUGCUGGUGCUGGGCUUUCACGCUGACAACUUCGUGGUGUGGAGCAGCCGGACAGGCGAGAACCUCCACUGCAUCCCCUGCGGCGGCGGGCACCGCUCCUGGAGCUACUGCAGCAGCGCCGAGGCCGAGGUCUUUGCCUUCAUCAAGUGUGGGGACGUGCUGCUGUACCAGCGCGGGGCCGAGCCCUGCGAGCAGCGGGUGCUGCUGCCGUCGCUGCACGGGCGGGAGAUCGCCUGCGUGCGGCGCCUCGGUGCGGUGGCCGUGCCCGGCCGUGCCGCCGUUAACGUCUUCGUCACGGGCAGUGAGGACACCACGGCCUGUGUGCUGGUGCUCAGUGAGCGCUCCCGUGCCGCCGUGCCCCUCGCCCGCCUCAGUGACCAUGUGUCUAGUGUGAGGGCGCUGGCGCUGGCCGGCCCCGCGGGACCCGGUGAUGAGGGCUUUGGUGAUGAGGGUUUGUCCACCCUGCUCUUCUCCGCGGGUGGCCGGGCGCAGAUCGAGUGCUACCGGCUGCUGUGUGCCGCGGACCCGGCCUCCGAGGGCGCUGUGGGCUGCCAGGUCAUCCACGUGGCUUCCCACCGGCUGGACGAGCACUGGGAGCGGAAGAAGAACAGGCACAAGCUCGUCAAGAUGGACCCGGAGACAAGGUACAUGUCCCUCUCGGUCGUACCUGGGACCAGCACCGAGCAGACGCCGACUCCCUGGAAGUUCCUGGCUGCCGCCUGCAGCGACGGAUCAGUCCGGGUCUUUGGGCUGCUGGAGGCCGCCCGGAAGCUGGUGCUGGUGGCGGAGUCGUUUCACCACCAGCGCUGCGUGCUGAAGGUGGAGGCGUUCCUGCACACGCGGGCAGGAGGGGAGAGAUCACGGUGGGGACCCUCGGGGCUGUGGCCAGAGGCUCCCCAACACCUCCCUUCCAGGAGGCAUCUCCUGUGCAGUGCAGCCACUGACGGCGGCGUCGCCUUCUGGGACAUCACCAGCCCUGUCGCAGACGCAGUGGAUGCUCUGCACCAAGCAGAGGGAGAGAUGCAGCCCCUGGCGCUGGGAGCCCCUCUGCUCACCGUGAUGGCCCACAGCUGCGGCGUGAACAGCCUCCACGUCUAUGAGACACCGGAGGGACGGUACCUGGUGGCCAGCGGCAGCGACGACGGCUCCAUCCACGUCUGCCUGCUGGAGGUGACCCUAGAUGGGGACAGCCCCACGGCGAGGACCCGCCUGCACGUCCUGGAGCGGGUGGCCCAGCCCUGUGCCCACGCUGCCCAUGUGAUGGGGAUCCGGGUGCUGCGCCCGGACCUGCUGCUCUCCGCCUCGGUGGACCAGCGCCUGACACUGUGGCAGCGCAGCCCGGCCGGGCUGGGGGAGCUCAGCACAACCUUCUUCCAUGUGCCCGACCUGGCCGAGCUGGACUGCUGGGAGGUGGUGGAGGCCGGGGGGGAGCGGUGGCUCUAUUGUGUGCUCUGCGGGCAGGGGCUGAACAUGCUGCGUGGUACAGUGCACCCUGAGCCCCCUCCACCAGAGCCUCACCAGUAGCAGGGCAAGUGUGGCCCAACCGGUUCCCUGCACUUAUUCUGUGCCCAUCACCGCAGCCUCUGUCCCAGCCUCCAUGCUGAUGUGUCCCCUCUUGAGGGCACAGGCGUGCUUGGCUCCUUGGGGACAGCACAGCCACAUCUGGGGUGCUCAAGGCUGGUGGUCUUGGGAGAAAGCAGAGGUGACCCCUCCUGAACAAGCUGCAGCUCCCCAGGCAAUAAGGGAGUGGGGUCCAGAGCCCACCCUGCCCAGGAGAAGUUCCUCCUCCCCAAGAUGUGAGGGACCAUAUCCAGGCUUUCCAGCCCUGAUUCCAGAGAGGAACAUGCUCAGGAGGGUGCUGAGCCCUUGGAGCUUGAGGGCAGCAGGAGGCCAAGACCAGGCAAUGGUGCAGCUCGUGCUUUCUGGGAUAGGGCCCUGUAGGACAGCCCUGAUCCUGCAGUGCUGGGGACUGCAGUGACACAAGCAGGGACACUGCUCCUGUGCAGCCCCACAUGGAACACGGUGCUCUGUUAGAGUCACACACACACACACACAAGCAUUUGUCCAGCAACAAAUGUAUUGGACCCCAGUGUUGGGGCCUGGCCCAGGGCUCAGUGAGAGCCAUGAGCCACAGGAGCUCCCUGCCAGCAUGGAGCAACCUUCAAUAAACAGCUUGGAGGGAAGC